UCUUUAAAACGUACAUUUAUUUUCCUUUUCUGUUCAUUUCUAUUUAGCGACACUUUUGACAUGUGUUUACUUUCUUUUCAAUGGUUUGAGUGGGGUGAGUGGUGCUGGUUGUAUUAUGUAAUGCAUCUGUCGAAUAGAACUGAGUUGCUGCUUCUUUUUCCUUUUUUCUAUAGGUGUUAGAUGCAUCUUGGUACAUGCCAGAUGAACAGAGAAAUCCACUCCAGGAGUAUCAGGUCGCUCACAUUCCUGGAGCACUAUUCUUUGAUAUUGAUGGAAUAACGGAUCGAACUACUAAUUUGCCACAUAUGUUGCCAUCUGAAGAAGCUUUUGCAGCUGCUGUAUCUGCUCUUGGCAUCAAGAACAAAGAUGGGGUUGUUGUAUACGAUGGCAAAGGCAUAUUCAGUGCUCCCCGUGUUUGGUGGAUGUUUCGAGCUUUUGGACAUGACAAAGUUUGGGUUUUGGAUGGUGGCUUUACAAGAUGGCAGGCUCCUGGUUAUGAUGUCGAAUCUAGUGCCUCUGGUGAUGCAAUUUUGAAAGCCAGCGCUGCCACUAAGGCGAUAGAGAAAGUAUAUCAAGGACAGAUGGUAGUGUAAAUAUUACUCCAUUUCCUUUGAGCUUUCUGUGCUUGCUCAUCUUUCAACAAAACAAGAAUCCGCAAGAAGUUGUUUUGCUAUAACCAUUCUAUAGAAUAUCACCUUUCAAAGCAAUAGGCAAGGUUCUUUGAGUUUUAUCAUCUUCUCGGGACUUUUGCAGCAUCAUUCCAAA